AUGAAGUUCACCGCUAUUAUCUUUGCUGCGUUUACCGCCAGCGUCGUCGCCAAGAAGGGAUGUGGUUUCCCCGAUGGUCCCGACUGCAAGUCACUUGGCCAGGGAGCCGAUGGACUUGAGCAGUUUGUGGACGACGGCUGCUGCGUUUUCCCCCUCCGCUGCGGCAACGGCGACGGAGGCGAGUCGUGCGAGUUUGCAAAGAGCAACAAGAAGGUGAAAGACCUCAGGGGCCGUCGCAUCAAGAUGACAGCAUAG